GGGGCCCACAUGACCGCGUUGAUGUAAUGUAGCGAGUUUGCUAGCGAGCUAGCAAGCCCAGUAACCUGCACGCCACACGUAGAGACUUCUGUUUCUGUUGAUUUUGGAGCAACAGCCGGAGGAAAAACACGAUGCCAGAGCCCGCAGAGAUGAGCAGUCCGGAGGUGGCAAAGACUCCGGGGGGUGGUAGUGCCCCCGUGAAGGAGGAGCCGGUGGCAAAUGGGCACAAAGAGAGCGAGCCCAACCCCUUCGCCGAGUACCUGUGGAUGGAGAACGAGGAGGAGUACAACCGACAGGUGGAGGAGGAGCUGCUGGAGCAGGAGUUCCUGGAGCGCUGUUUCCAGGAGAUGCUGGAGGAGGAGGAUCAGGAUUGGUUCAUCCCGGCAAGGGACCUCCCCUCGGGGGUGGGGCAGCUGCAGCAGCAGUUCAGCGGGCUGUCAGUCAGCAACAGCAACGCAGAGGACAUCGCGCGCAAGAGCAGCUUGAACCCGGAGGCCAAGGAGUUUGUGCCGGGAGUGAAAUACUAGGCAACUCCAGCAGGGGGCGCCCACAGAGACUUUUGGGGACCAUUGGCAGAGGCGGUCACGCCUGCACAUGCUCGGGGUGGGUGGGGGGCAUGGAGGGGUCACUUCUAUAAGCUUUGUAAUUCCGUUUGUGUCUGUGUAAAGUAGGGAUGGGAUUUUGGGCAGGGUUCGGAGUGGGGAGGGGAGUGCAGGUGCAUAUCAGUGUUGCUAAUGGAACAGUUACAGGACAUUAUACUGUACAGAGCAGGUUUGUUUUGAGUUUCCCCACAGAGAACCAGCCAAUCAUGUGAAUUACCUUCAAGGUCGGGGGGGGGGGGGGGCAUUGGUUAGCCAUUUGUCUCUGAUUGGAUCAUUUUUAUUCCCAUGGUUUGUUUUUGUCUGUUCCUUUGGCAGCGGGGAUGGGUGGACCUGAGGGGU